AGGAGCGGGACAGCGCGCGGCGGAAGCGUCCCCUUUAAGGCCGUUUUGGAAUAAUUAAUGACGUCGCGCUGUAAACACGACCGACGCUCAGCUGCGUGGCCGAAGCAUCCUCAGACCCAGAGCCCGAAGAACCUCUCCGGGCAUCCUUUCAGGCUCAUCUCGGGACCGGACUGCGAGGCAGGCGGGCGGACAGGCUUUGAAAUAACCGGCGGCUUUACCUCGACUCUCUUAUGCGGUCUCUAAAACCAAGACGACUUUGCUGCAUCUGUCCUACAAAGUGCCAUGGCUAGAAAAACGGACAUCCCCUCCUCUUACUAUGGUGAACCACGCAAGUUUGACCCAAACUUCAGAGGGCCUGUCCAAAACAGGAGCUGCACUGAUGUGGUUUGCUGUGUCAUCUUCGUCAUUGUCAUCCUCGGCUACAUUGCUCUGGGUACUGUGGCCUGGAUCCAUGGUGACCCUCGUAAGGUCGUCUAUCCAACCGACAGCCACGGUCAGUUCUGUGGCCAGCAGAACACCCCCAAUGCAAACAAAGCCAUAUUAUUCUACUUCAACAUGUUGAAAUGUGCCAAUCCUGCAGUUUUAAUUAACCUCCAGUGCCCUACAACCCAGCUCUGUGUCUCCAAGUGCCCUGACAGAUUUGCCACUCUCCUGGAUGCAAGGAAUACCAAAAACUGGGAAUAUUACAAACAGUUCUGCAAACCAGACUUCAAGAUUGGCAGUAAGUCAAUUGGCGAAGUCAUACGUGAUGAAGACUGCCCGUCAAUGAUUGUGCCGAGCAGGCCUUUCCUUCAGCGGUGCUUCCCUGAUUUCAUUAGAAGAGAUGGCAUUUUAACUGUAGCCAAUCAGACCAUCUUCAAAGACGGGGACAAUAACAAGAGGAGUGUGAACGAUCUCAAAGAUGCUGCCAACCAAGUAACUGCCACACAGCAAAGAAUGGAAAGAAGUAUCACAAGCCUGCUGAAUGCAAAAGAAGUUGGCAUGAAGAUCUUUGAGGAUUAUGCAAAUUCCUGGAUCUGGAUCCUCAUUGGUUUAGUGAUAACCAUGGUGAUCAGUCUGCUCUUCAUCCUGCUGCUGCGCUACACUGCCGGCGUGCUGCUAUGGCUCGUCAUUUUUGGUGUCAUAACUGCAGUGGGCUACGGUAUCUGGCAUUGCUACUGGGAGUACAGUCAUCUGAGCGGGAAGCCAGGCUCCAAUGUCACCAUCUCUGAUAUUGGCUUCCACACAGACUUCAACGUUUAUCUCCAGCACAGCCAGACUUGGCUCAUCUUUAUGAUCUCGCUCUCUGUGAUUGAGGCCGUCAUUGUGAUUAUACUGAUAUUUCUGAGGUCGAGGCUGCGCAUCGCCAUUGCAUUGCUGAAAGAGGGAAGCAAGGCUAUCAGCUAUAUCAUGUCCACUCUCUUCUACCCUGUCAUCACAUUUUUCCUUCUGGCUAUUUGCAUUGCUUACUGGGCCAUCACAGCAGUCUUCUUAGCAUCAUCUGGCAGUGCGGUCUACAAGGUCACACCUGCUGAUGAUAAAUGCAUGUAUGCAAAUAUCACAUGCAAUCCGCAGACCUUCGGUCGGACCAAUGUAACCAAAGUGUGUCCGGGGUCGCAGUGCAUGUUCGCCUUCUACGGUGGGGAGAGUGUGUAUCACCGUUACAUCCUCGUCCUUCAUCUGUGUAACCUGUUCGUGUUCCUCUGGCUGCUCAACUUCACCAUCGCCCUGGGCCAGUGCACUUUAGCAGGGGCGUUUGCCUCCUAUUACUGGGCCCUGAAGAAACCCAGCGACAUCCCAGCGUGCCCGCUGUACUCCUCAUUCAGCAGAGCCAUACGUUAUCACACAGGGUCCCUGGCUUUUGGUUCUCUGAUCCUGGCUGUAGUUCAGAUGGUUCGAAUCGUUCUUGAGUAUCUGGAUCACAAACUGAAAGGUUCUCAAAAUGGGUGCGCUCGAUUCUUGCUUUGCUGUCUCAAAUGCUGCUUCUGGUGCCUGGAACAUUUCAUCAAGUUUUUAAACAGAAAUGCAUACAUUAUGAUAGCAAUAUAUGGAAAGAACUUCUGCACCUCUUCCAAGGAUGCUUUCUUCCUCCUGAUGAGGAAUGUUGUUCGGGUGGCUGUCCUGGAUAAGGUCACAGACUUCCUGCUGUUUUUGGGGAAGCUGCUUAUUUCAGGAAGUGUUGGUGUUCUUGCAUUUUUCUUCUUCUCACGUAAAAUACCAAUCUUUCAAGAGGAGGUGCCAUCACUAAAUUACUACUGGGUCCCUAUUCUGACCGUGAUCUUUGGAUCUUAUAUGAUCGCACAUGGCUUUUUCAACGUCUACGCCAUGUGUGUGGACACAUUGUUCCUGUGCUUCUUGUGGGAUCUGGAGGUGAACGAUGGCUCUCCGGCCAAGCCCUUCUUCAUGAACAAAACCCUGAGGAGCAUCCUCAACAAGAAGAACGUCAAGAAGAAGAGGCCACAAUAGAAGGAGAAAGACUGCAGGUCACUGCCAAAGCAUGGUACGAGCCCAGGUGGCAUCAAACUCUUUGCCAAAUGUAUCUUUCGUGUGCACAGGCCUAGCUGUGCUCUACAGUAAGCAAGCCAUACAAAAGGAAGGGAACUGACUUGGCUCACUCACACAAUGCUAUUGUAGUCUCAAUAGCUUUUUCAUAGGAAACACUGUGUGAUUUUCUAAUAUUCUGUUGUAUAGGGCUUUGUUAAAAGUCACAUCAUGAUAUUGUAAAAAAAAUUUUAAUGGUCAUCAUAUCUCACUGUAUAACCCUGAGCUUUUCUGCCAACGUCUUGUAUUUGCCUGGUUCAGCCACUUGGUGGUGGCAUUUCGUACCACAUUUUGUGGCUCUGUUGAGGCAGACAUGAACUGAUCAGCAUUUGCCUUGAAAUGGUCAAACAUCAGCUGAUCUGUGCCUUAUCGCAUUUUAUUGAGUCUCACAUUGAGAAUUUUACCCUCCACUAACUGCUGUUUGCAGAGUUGUCUGAUAAC